UGCACAGCUCCUUACAACCCUACUGAGCCUGUCUGACAGAGAGAGUAAGAGUGUGUGUGUGUGUGAGUGAAACAGAGAGGCGGCCGAGAUGAGUGUGAAGCAGUGAGAGGGAAAACCUUAAAAGAACAGCAAAGGCGAUCUGAUAGGGGGGUGGGAGGGAGACGGCGGUCACAGCAAAAGCAGAGAGCAGAGUGGAAGGAAGAGAAGAGAAGAGGGGAGAGAGAUAAAGUGAUAUUUGGAUGUACUAUCUUUGAUGUACUCCUGGUGCCAAAGUCAAGCGAUGCAGUGACUAGAUGAUCAGCCACUACACAUACCAGCAUCCUGUCCUGGAGCCUUGACAGGAGGGGACAAGAAAAAAAUCCACACACACACUCAAAGGCACAACACUCUCUUCAGCCAGUCCCACAUCUACUGGAUCAUGUCGUCUACUGGAUCAGCCAACCACAACAAGCGUCUGGCAUCGGAGACAGACAACUCUCAGAGGGUGCUGGACAAUGAUUCUGCACAGCACCUGAAGAUGAGGGACAGACAGCGUUUCUUCGAAGAAGUCUACCAGCAUGAUAUGGACAACUACCUGCCGUCUGCUCACCUGCAGAUUGACUGCAGAAAACCCCCCAUGGGAAGCAUCUCUUCUAUGGAAGUGAACGUGGAUGUCCUGGAGCAGAUGGACCUGAUGGACAUCUCUGACCAGGAGGCCCUUGACGUGUUCCUUAACUCAGGUUCAGGAGCUGACGAGGGAGCGCUAGCAUCUGCACUACCAGAGUGUGUGGACGAAGAAGAAGAUGAGGAAGACGAAGAUGCAGAGGUGGUGUACAGGGAGCGUGCACCUUUGAAACGGCAAAAUGAAGUCCUCACAAAGUCACGCAUGUCCUCUACAUCGUCUGGUUCCAGCGAUAGCAGCGAGGGAGGAGUCGACACACCUGUGAUCCAGUCGGAUGAUGAAGAAGUCCAUGCCGACACUCUGCUUCUGACCUCCGUUCCCCAUACCAGAGAUGAAGAAACUGAGGAGGAAGAUGAAGAGGAAAGAUGUCUUGCAACUAAAUCUUCAUAAAGACUUACUUUACUCUUUGUAGAGGUACAGAGGGUAAAAAGAUCUCUUUCUAUUUCUCUGUCUCUACAUUUGCAUUCCUUUCUUUUGGGGAAACCCCUGCAUGGUUGACCUGGCUGUGUCUUAUGAAAGUUUCCUAUGUACUUUGGAUUUUUCUUUGCAACUAAAAUAGUCUCUAUUUUUCCUAGUAACUGUUAAAGAUUAAAUUAAUUAAAUUGUUUUGUUGUUUGAACUCUUGGCAACAUUCCUGUUUCCUGAUGUGUCAUACCACUUGUUUCCUAUUGCCAGAAAGAAACCGUGCCCAUUUUGUCUUGAAAGCAUAUGUGCUGAACAGCCAUGUGAAACAGAAAAGCCACAGUGCAUCUUUGCUUUAAAGCCUUUCCACAAGUAAAAGAACCGAAACAGAGCAGAGUCAUAAUCAGAAACAAAUACAGACAAAUACAAAGAAAAGGGAAAUCCAAGGCAACCUGUAAAAAGUAAUUAUCCAUUAUCUAUACCUCCUUAGAGAGUGACGGGGGCUGGAGCCAAGCUCACACUGGACAAUCACGUAGCUGAUACAUAAAGACAGAGAGCCAUUCAAAGUUGCACCUAUGAGCAAUUUAGAAUUUCUAAUUACCUAAUCAAACCUGCAUGUCUUCAGACUGUGGGAGGAAGUUGGAGUAGCUAGAGGAAACCAAAAACAACAACAACAAUAAAAAACACUUGCUGUAAGGCAACAGUGCCAACAUUGCCUGUGCCUUGGAUUUUCCUCUUAUUUAUUGGUGUGUAGAUCAUGUAGAUCAUUGGGUUUGACCUUAACAUGAAUAUAACACAUGCACUGUAGCAUAGAUUAAUUGACACUGACUGUACAUUACAGACUGGAAUGGUGCAAAUUUACAGUUUAAUAAGUCAGAGGUUCAACCACUACAGAGUAUUGCUCUGCUGAACUAUGGCAGGUGAAACCUGUACCUCAAAGUACAAUCAUUAGACAGUUGGCAAAAUAUAUGACCAAGAGCGAGUGAUUCAUUUCACAAAGAUUUCUGUGGUCAUGCCUGUGUAUGUUCACACGCAAGUGUGUGUGGGAGCGUGCAAGUGGUACAAUACAAUAAUAAUUACAAUGCAACAGGUAGGUGAACCUACUUUCAAGACCUUUUUACAGUGUUAUUCAUCGUGUGUAUCUCUUCCCCAUUUGA